CGCGCCGCAAAAUCUUCAAACUCCAAAGGCUGAGUCUAAUCUCGACACGUCAGCCUCGCAGACUGCCCACGUUGGCGUGAACCUUUCGAGGAAGCCGUCACGUAAUUCCUCCUCCCUCACAGCUCCUUCGAAUCUGCGCGCGCAGGGCACGUCAAGAUGGAUUUCGAACCGAUGAUGAUGGAUACGGAGGCGAUGGGGCCCUCCGUCAAGAUUACAGAGGCUGGAGCAAAUCAUGUCGACUUCGAGCUCUCGAACGUGGAUCUCGCAUUCGCAAACUCGAUUCGCCGAGUCAUCAUGGCUGAGGUUCCCACGAUGGCUAUCGAUCUGGUAGAGGUUGAGGCAAAUACAUCUGUGCUCGCAGAUGAGUUUAUUGCGCAUCGAUUGGGUCUUGUGCCUUUGGUGUCGAAGAAUGUGGAAGAGGUGGAAUAUUCGAGGGAUUGUGAAUGCGAGCAGUACUGCGAGAGAUGCAGUGUCACACUUACACUUCACGCACGAUGUACCGGUGACGAGAUCAUGAAGGUGUAUGCGCGCGAUCUGGUGGUGGAUUCUCAGCGGGCGAAUCAAUGGGUUGGAAAUCCUGUCAUCACCGACACAGAUGGACUUGGGACUGUUAUUGCCAAGCUGCGAAAGGGCCAGGAACUGCGGUUGAAGUGCAUUGCCAAGAAGGGCAUUGCUAAGGAACACGCAAAGUGGGCACCGACAUCUGCAGUUGGGUUCGAGUACGACCCUCAUAACAAGCUGCGGCAUAUGGAUAUGUGGUACGAGUCGGAUGCUCUUGCUGAAUGGCCAAAGAGCAAGUAUGCCGAUUGGGAGGAUCCUCCUCAAGAAGGCGAGCCAUUUAAUUACGAUGCCGUCCCAGAUAGGUUCUACUUCGAGGUCGAGAGUGUGGGCAACCAUGAACCGGACGCCAUUAUCCAGCAAGGAAUCAAGGUGCUCCAGCAAAAGCUUGCAAUGGUCAUUUCGGAUCUUACAGAAGGAAGCAGUGGUGCCAAUGGAGCGAAUGGCUACGAUAAUGCACCUCGAAGUCCAGAUAUCGAUAUGGAUGGUAAUACUGCUUGGCAAGAGCCCGGUUAUACCACGCCGUAUGGAAAUGGUGGUGGCGGUGGAGGACAGUGGGGUCAAGGUGCUGCUACGCCUUACGGUGCUACACCUUAUGGCCAGAACGGGGCGAACGGAUGGGCUUAGAUUUCACUGUGCUGCCCAUAAAUUGCUUACGAUCGUAUUGCUUCGACUACGACUCUGAGCAACCAUUUGGACAUAUUGUCCUACCCCUCACAUCUGGCUUUUAAUGCAGAUACUGAACAUGUACCACCACACCACAGCAUAUCACGGCGUUGGAUUGGAGGCAAAAAGUACUCCCGCGAAUCGAUUGAUUGAGAGCAAAAGGGAAAGGAAAGAAUCAGCCAGUCUAGAGCAGAUCUUCAGAAUGAAUCA